AUGACAAUUAAAGCAAGAGAAUCGCUGACCAGGUAUGGGUUUGGAACAAACGCCAUCCACGCUGGUGCAGCUUACGAUGAGAACACCGGCGCAGUUAUAGAACCAAUCUCCUUGUCUACUACGUUUGCGCAGUCUGCCCCAUCGCGUCCCAUCGGGGCUCACGAAUAUUCAAGGUCUUCAAAUCCUAAUAGAGACAAUUUUGAGACUGCAGUAGCAGUAUUAGAGAAAGCCAAGCAUGCUAUUGCGUUGGGCUCUGGUUCUGCAACAACAGCUUUGAUUCUUCAGUCCUUACCUAUUAACUCCCAUGUUAUUUCAGUUGGAGAUGUCUACGGAGGCACUCACCGUUAUUUUACAAAGGUGGCCAACACGCAUGGUGUUGAGACUACCUUUGUUAAGGAUCUCGUUGAGGAUUUGGAGCUGAAUAUAAAGGAAAAUACAAGCUUAGUGUGGUUGGAAACUCCUUCAAAUCCAACUUUAUCAGUAACUGACAUCGCUGAAGUGGCCUCUCUUUUGAAGAACUAUGAAGCUAAAUCUGGCAAGAGAAUUUUGCUAGUUGUUGACAACACUUUCUUGUCACCUUACAUCUCUAACCCACUUGUACAUGGAGCAGAUGUCGUCAUACAUUCCGUUACCAAGUACAUCAAUGGUCACUCAGAUGUCGUGAUGGGAGUAUUGGCAACUAAUGAUGACCAGCUUCAUGAAAAAUACAGAUUCUUACAGAAUGCCCUUGGAUCGAUUCCAUCACCAUUUGACUCUUGGUUGGCUCACAGAGGUUUAAAGACUUUGCACUUGAGAGUGAGACAAGCAUCGAUAUCUGCUCAGCAAAUAGCGGAGUACUUAGCUUCUCACCCAUCUGUUUCAAAAGUAAACUAUCCAGGUUUAAAAUCUCACAGGAAUCACAACGUAGUGCUUAAGCAGCACAGAGAUGGUCUUGGAGGUGGUAUGAUCUCAUUUAGAAUCAACGGCGGUGCUGAGGCAGCAUCAGCUUUUACUUCUUCCACUAAAUUAUUUACCUUAGCCGAAUCCUUGGGAGGUAUUGAAUCUUUAAUCGAGGUCCCAGCAAUCAUGACGCAUGGAGGUAUUCCAAAGGCUGAGAGAGAAGCCAACGGUGUCUAUGAUGAUUUGGUCAGAGUGUCUGUAGGUAUAGAAGAAACAGAUGACUUAAUUGCAGAUAUUGAACAAGCUUUAGAGAAAUCUUCAAGCUUGUGA